AUGACUAUCUGUACUUAUAACGCACGUACGCUUGCAUCGGAAGCGGCCAUCGAAGAUCUGAUGAUGCAAGUUAAGAAGAUCAAGUACGACGUCAUCGGACUGACCGAGAUGAGCCGACGUCACCCUCUCAACGCCGCAUAUGAAAGUGGAGAAGAACUGUUCUCAGGAACAUGCGACAGUAGAGGUGUUGGUGAAGUUGGCGUCCUCGUCAACACAAGUAUGGCAAAAAACAUCGACUCUUUCAAACAAUUUACGACCCGAGUCGGACUUCUGCGGAUGAGAAGAUGUGGUCCAACAGCAGCUUUGACAAUCUUAGUCGCUUACGCUCCAACAUCAAGCUACGAAGAAGAAGAAGUCGAAGCGUUCUAUAUGUACCUGGAGAAGUUCUUCCGAGAAGAUCAUGCCUUCUUCAAUGUCAUAAUUAGCUAUUUCAACGCCAAAGUUGGCCAAGAAGAACGCCUGAGAAGCUUCACAUCGGGACCAACGACCUACAACGGAAUGACCAGGGUGGAGAGGUUCUUCGAGUUCAUCAUGACGACCAAGACCAUCCAUGGGAACUCGCAAUUCCGGAAUUCCAUUCCAUGCCCUCUUCUCUACGCUGGUCGUGGGAGUUAUCCGGUGGAGGGUUCCGUCAUGACAUAG